AUGGGUUCCCGUGUUGUCGCAGUUGCUGGCGGUACGGGUAAGCUUGGUCGCGCUAUUGUCGAUGAGCUAGUUGCAUAUGGGGGCUACAAGAUUGAUCCGCAAACCGCAAAUAUACUUGGAGCCGAAAUUUUGGCCACCGAUUACAACGAUGUUAGCAGUGUUGUCAAGCUGCUCGAUGCCAACAACAUUGACACUGUCAUCUCCACCUUGGGCGCCACGUUCGGCACAGACUCAGAACUGGCGCUUAUUCAAGCAUCGAAGGAUUCAAGAAAGACUACACGAUACAUCCCUAGUGUCUGGGGGAUUAGCUGUUCACCAGAAGCGGCAGCUAUCCUCCCUACGAUAGGCGAAAAGAUCGGCUAUCUCGAAGUCCUCGCAACUACAUCCUUAGAAUACACUGCAGUAUCGAACGGUAUCUUUCUGGACUACUACGGGUUUCCGAAGGUGAGAUCAUAUCUGGGUAACUUACCCCGAGUAAUCGAUAUGGCUGGAAACGCUGCCGCCAUUCCUGGAUCCGGAGAUGUGCCCGUUGUGUUUACCUACAGCUUCGAUGUGGGGAGAUUUAUUGCUGCAUUGCUCUCACAGCCUAGAUGGGAGAAGGAGUCGGUCAUCAUUGGCGACAAAAUCACGUGGAAUGAGUUUCUCCAUCUAGCAGAGGGAGUGAAGGGAGUCAAAUUUGACGUCAAGCACGACUCGUUGAUGACGUUACAGGAGGGUUGUUCAACAGCAUUGCCCAGCCAGAAACACUUGUACCCACAUUUUCCGCAACAGAGGCUCGAGCGUAUGUGCGCGAUGUUUGGUGUUAUGUUUGAGAACGGAUUUUUCGAUUUCAAGAGCGAGGGAACCUUGAACGAAAGAUUUCCCGAUAUCAAUACGAAGAGUGUGAAAACCUUGCUAGAAGAGUCAUGGGCAGGCAAUUAA